AUGAAAACAGGAGCUCAGAGUGACUUGAUAGAUCAGCUACUCUAUGGACAAGUUGUUGCUGAAACAGGUGCUCCACCCACCACGCAGUGGGUGAACCUAUCUGUUUUUCUGCAAGAUCAGACAGUGGAACUGGCUCACAUUGCAGCCCUUCGAUUGCCAACUCUGACUCGAGGGAAGUGGUGGGAGGACGGGCCGGUUUCAGGGAGCGGGAGAGCAUUGCCCCCUCCCGGUGCCAGCCCGUUACAGCUGUGGCAGGACAGUCAUGGAGGUGCAGAAGUGCUGGCUGCCCUGAAUUUCAAGGACCCCGAGGCGGUGAGAGCCCUGACCUGUACCCUCCUGAAGGAGGAUUUUGGGCUUACGAUCGACAUCCCCGUGGAAAGGCUGAUUCCCACCGUUCCCCUGAGGCUGAACUACAUCCACUGGGUGGAGGAUCUCAUCGGUCACCAGGACGCGGACAAGCAAGUGCUUCGGCGAGGCAUUGACAUAGGGACAGGGGCAUCUUGCAUAUACCCACUACUUGGAGCAACUUUGAAUGGCUGGUAUUUUCUUGCAACAGAAGUGGAUGAUAUGUGCUUCAAUUAUGCCAAGAAGAAUGUGGAACGGAAUAACUUGUCUGAUCUUAUAAAAGUGGUUAAGGUACCACAGAAGACUCUUCUAAUGGAUGCGCUGAAAGAAGAAUCUGAGAUCGUUUAUGAUUUCUGCAUGUGUAACCCCCCAUUUUUUGCCAACCAAUUGGAAGCGAAGGGAGUAAAUUCUCGAAAUCCACGGCGUCCUCCUCCCAGUUCUGUAAAUACAGGAGGGAUCACAGAAAUCAUGGCUGAGGGGGGAGAACUAGAAUUUGUCAAAAGAAUUAUUCAUGAUAGUCUACAACUUAAAAAGAGGUUACGAUGGUACAGUUGCAUGUUGGGGAAGAAAUGCAGUUUAGCGCCAUUGAAAGAGGAACUGCGAAUCCAGGGGGUUCCUAAAGUUACUCAUACUGAAUUCUGUCAAGGACGCACCAUGAGAUGGGCACUGGCAUGGAGUUUCUAUGAUGAUGUACAAGUACCUUCACCCCCCCCUUCAAAAAGAAAAUUAGAAAAACCCCGCAAACCAAUUACAUUUAUGGUCUUGGCUUCUACAGUCAAAGAGUUAUCCAUCAAAGCUGCAGCUAUGGGCUGGGAUGCUGUAGAAGCUAUUGCUGUGGUUAGAGCCUGGGUAGAGAAGGUUCUCACUGAUCUGAAGGUUCAGCAUAAGCGUGUUCCCUGUGGAAAAGAUGAAGUUAGCCUGUUUGUGACUGCCAUUGAAAACUCCUGGAUUCAUCUGAGGAGAAGGAAACGAGAGAGAGUAAGGCAAUUACGAGAACUUCCUCGGGCUACUGAAGAUGUCCUGCAAGCAAUGGAAGACGAAAAAAACAGCCAGAAGAGUGUGAGCAGCAAUUUGGACUGUGAAAACCCCAAGACUGAAGACUCUGAAACACAGUUUAUGGCACCUGAUGAGGAUGUCCACUUGACCGCCGGUGACAAGCUAACGGAAGAGUCUGCUGCCAAAGAAGAACACAGUGAGCACGUGAAGGAGGAAGAGACAGAAGCAGAGCAGGCAGAAGGUUCCAGUAAUGCAAAGGAGGAACCUUGCCCUGCAGAGGAAGCUGGUGAUCUGACAGUUGAAAAAGAACAAAGUCCCAAAGAAACUAGUAGAUGUUUUCUCUUUAAGUGCUUAAUGAAUGUGAAGAAAGAAGGAAAUGAUGUAUUAGUAGAGAUGCACUGGGUUGAAGGAGAGAACAGAGACUUGAUGAACCAGCUGUGCACAUACUUACGGAACCAAAUUCUUCGACUGGUUGCUAGUUAG